AUGGAGGGAAUAACAAGUCGUCAGCCACCAAGCACCCAGGACUCCGUCCUACUACACUGCACCUUGACGAGGUCGAACUGCGACGGGCGGAAUCUACACAGAUCGGUCAAGCUUGAUCAUAGUGUCUGCAAUCAGAACGGUACUGUACAGCAGUUUUACGCGACCAUCGGCACAAGAUCCCAACAGAACCCAUACUCUGGAGAACUAACAGCGAUGGCACGAGCGCUGAGCUUAUUACCACGGAUCAGGUUUCGCAAAAUCGCGGUACUGAUAAGUAACAAGGUAGCGGCACUCUCACUUAGACAACCACGGCAACAGUCUGGGCAAGGGUAUAUCUGUCGUAUCUACAGGUCCAUCAGACAGCUACGGAGAGAGGGCAAUGUGGUGACUGUCAUAUGGACCCUAGUGUAUGACGAAAACAAGCUGAAGAAGAUCGCCAAAGUAAAAGCACAAAAGGCAACCGGUCCAGAGGCCCGACCACAAACGCAACGACCAGGGAUGAAGUCAACCAUGCUCAAUGGCGCACGGUCCAAAUGUGGCACUACCAGAAAUCUGCUAGAAAAGGUCGGAAAAAUCCAAGAGAAUCGACACAGCGCUACCAGGCAAGCAUACAAGGCGGCUAUACGAGGGACUUUCAUGGAAUGA